CGUGAAAAGGCAAGUACGGUGACCGAUUCUACAGGAGCAUCUCGAGACACUCGUGAUACUGACGGUACCUUAACGCAUGAUUCACGUGGUUCUUUUUCUUCUUCAACGAGUGCUAAAGAAGGUCGCAGCAUGUCGGAUAUGACGAAACGUUCAGUGCGAACGAAGCAGUCAGACCGCGUAAAUGACGAUCACAGUGGGACGAAUAUGAGUGCUUCACAGCAUUCACAACAUUCACAUCCUAUGAGCUCCGCCAGUGCAAGCCGUCAUACAACGAUCAGGAGUUUCCUCCACCAAGUUUAUACGCCCAUUGCAGUGAAUCCGGCCUAUAUACCAUGGGUGGACGAAAAAGGGCCGAAGGCCGAACGCAUUCUAGACUUGACCAUGGAAUGGCUGUUAGCGGCGACACGAGCGAAGUCGGAGCACAAAGCGAAAGCCGAGGUGACUGAUGAUGUUAUAUCGAGUUUAUCGCUGCACUCGGUUGAUUUGGAUGACGUGCCAGAGGCGAUGAUUGCUGGAGUGUCAAUAAGAAUGGAAGGCAUG